AGAGGUUACCUGCCCUGUCCCUUGGCCUGCUGCUGGGACCAUGGGGGCCGGGGCCAGCGCUGAGGAGAAGCACUCCAGAGAGCUGGAGAAGAAGCUGAAAGAGGAUGCCGAGAAGGACGCUCGAACAGUGAAGCUGCUGCUUCUGGGUGCCGGUGAAUCUGGAAAGAGCACGAUUGUCAAGCAGAUGAAGAUUAUCCACCAGGACGGGUAUUCACUGGAAGAAUGUCUCGAGUUCAUCGCCAUCAUCUACGGCAACACUCUGCAGUCCAUCCUGGCCAUUGUUCGGGCUAUGACCACGCUCAACAUUCAGUAUGGGGAUUCAGCCCGGCAGGAUGAUGCCCGGAAGCUGAUGCACAUGGCAGAUACUAUCGAGGAAGGCACAAUGCCCAAGGAGAUGUCGGACAUCAUUCAGCGCCUGUGGAAGGACUCGGGUAUCCAAGCUUGCUUCGAACGCGCCUCCGAGUACCAGCUCAACGACUCUGCUGGCUACUACCUUUCGGACCUGGAGCGCCUGGUGACUCCAGGAUAUGUGCCCACUGAGCAGGACGUGUUGCGUUCUCGUGUCAAAACCACUGGCAUCAUCGAGACGCAGUUCUCCUUCAAGGACCUCAACUUCAGAAUGUUCGAUGUGGGCGGGCAGCGUUCCGAGCGCAAAAAGUGGAUCCACUGCUUCGAGGGCGUGACCUGCAUCAUUUUCAUCGCCGCGCUGAGCGCUUACGACAUGGUGCUGGUGGAGGACGACGAGGUGAACCGAAUGCACGAGAGCCUGCACCUGUUCAACAGCAUCUGCAACCAUCGCUACUUCGCCACUACGUCCAUAGUGCUCUUCCUCAACAAGAAGGACGUCUUCUCCGAGAAGAUAAAAAAGGCGCACCUCAGCAUCUGUUUUCCCGAUUACGAUGGACCUAACACUUACGAGGAUGCCGGCAACUACAUCAAAGUGCAGUUCCUGGAGCUCAACAUGCGCCGCGAUGUGAAGGAGAUCUAUUCGCACAUGACGUGCGCCACCGAUACACAGAACGUCAAGUUCGUCUUUGACGCUGUCACCGACAUUAUCAUCAAGGAGAAUCUCAAAGACUGCGGGCUCUUUUGAGGUGGGGUCCUAGCUAGCUAGCCAGACCUCCCAUCAUCCUUCUCCUUAAACUCAGGGCCCCAACCCUGCC